GUGUGGCUGUGUGUGUGUGGCUGUGUGUGUCUGUGUGUGUGUGUGGCUUCGUGUGCGCUCCCUCUAGAAAUUCUCUCGCGAUGCAAUCUCGCUCAGCCACCACGACGAUCCCCUCCCUCCUGCUGCUGCUGGUCUCGCUGACGCUCAUGGCCAGCGAGAUGGCAGAGGUUCGGGGUCAGACGGUGGAGGUGCGAGGCUACCGCAGGAGCGACGAGUCCUACAUCUUCUCGGUGACGCGGGAGGUCUACAGCGUGGCCUCCGUGUCGGAGUGUGCAGAGAAGUGUGAGGCCGAAACGACCUUCACUUGUAGGGCGUUCGUGUUCACGAGUGCGGUGUUGGACUGCUCUGUGAUGCCCCUCAACUCGCUGAGCAAGUUCACGAUGAGCCGCAAGGGAUACGUCCUGUACGAGAGGCAGGACUUCCUGGAGGACUGCGUGGAGGGGAUCGGCAGUGACUACCGAGGCACCGUCGCGAUCACCGCGUCUGGGAUCGACUGUCAGAAGUGGAGCUCCAACUACCCUCACAAACCCAACUUCUCCCCGGCCACCCACCCCGAGGCGGGGCUGGAGGAGAACUUUUGCCGGAACCCCGACCAGGAUGCCAAGGGCCCCUGGUGCUACACCACGAGCAGAGACACGCGAUUCAACUACUGUGGCGUCCGCACGUGUCCAG